CUCCUCACAAUCGUCUAUUUCAUUCUACUUGUCCUGACCGCGCGAGCAGAGGACAAAACUAACGUGGAAACUGAAGAUCUCCAUUCUGCGGCAACUGGUCACGGUGGAGGUGGUUAUGGAGGAGGAUUCGGGGGAGGACUUGGGGGAGGCGGAUUCGGUGGUUUUGGUGGUGGUGGCUUUGAUAAGGGUGGCGGUGGAGCCCAAGUCCUUGCUAUUCCAAUAAGUCUUGCUGGCAUCACUUUAAGAGGUGGAUUUGGUGGCGGAGGAUUUGGAAGAGGUGGUUAUGGUGGCGGAGGAUUUGGAAGAGGUGGUUAUGGUGGCGGAGGAUUUGGAAGAGGUGGUUAUGGUGGUGGAGGAUUUGGAAGAGGUGGUUAUGGUGGUGGAGGUUUUAUAGGAAGCAGUUUAGUAGGUGGAGGCUUUCGAGGAGGAUAUGGCGGAGGCGGAUUUGGAGUAAGAGGUAUUAGACUUGGACUUGGAGGAGGUCUAGGUGGUAGAAGAGGAUACGGUUGGUGGCGAGACUAA